ACAUACAAGCAAGGCCGCGUCAACCACACCUCGGUUACAGCAGGGUGCACGACACAACGACCUUCGUGGCCUCCUUCAGCUUUACCGUCCCGUGUCCUUGGCAGGUUUAAUCUAAUAUCUCAGUGUUCAGAUUUCUAUUUGUGAUAUCGCCGUCCUCACCCAGUUCGGUUCUUCGGCUUCAAGAUGCUUCCUGCCAGUGUGCUCUCGGCAGACAAAAUGGAAGAAUGUGGGGCGGUCUUCGCAGACAAAGUGGAGGAAUUUCGAGCGGUCUCGCAGAGCUUUCCCUCUGGUCAUUAUCUUCGUGUUGUCUUUCUCUCUGCACUUGCCGUCAGCCUUGGAGAAAGAUCCAAGCGGCGGGGCAUCCCGUCUGACCUCGAUGAGGCCAUCGAACUCCAUCGGGCUCUACUUCUCCUCCGUCCCACCGGUCAUCCUGAACGACGGAUGUAUCUCUGCAAUCUUGCCAUAAGCCUUGGAGACAGAUUCAAGCAGGGGGGCGUCCCGUCUGACCUCGAUGAGGCCAUCGAGCUCGAUCGAGCUGCACUUCUCCUCUCCCCUCCCGGCCAUUUUUUACGAUCCGGUUAUAUCAGCAAUCUUGCCAUCAAGCUUGGAGUCAGAUUCAGGCAGCAGGGCAUGCUGCCUGACCUUGAUGAAGCCAUUGAGCUCCACCGGGCUGCGCUUCUCCUCCCUCUACCCAGUGAUUCUUAUCUACCUGGGCAUCUUGGCACGCUUGCCACCAACCUUCAACUUAGAUUUCAGCGCCAGGGUAUCCUGUCUGACAUUGAUGAGGCCAUCGAGCUACAUAAAGCUGCUUUACUCCUCCACCCCCCCGGGGAUUCUCACCGAUUCGCGUCCCUCAACAAUCUUGGCAUCAGCAUUAGAGAGAGAUUCGAGCAGCGGGGCGUCGUAUCUGAUAUUGAUGAAUCUAUUGAACUCCAUCGGGCUGCACUACUCCUCAAUCCCCCCGGUCAUUUUAAUCGAUCCUCAUCUCUCAACCAUCUUGCCAACAGCCUUACAGAGAGAUUCCAACAGCGGAGUAUCCUAUCUGACUUCGAUGAAAGCAUUGAACUCCAUCAGGCUGCACUACUCCUCCGCCCCCCCGGUCAUUCUGACCGAUACGAGUCUCUCUGCAAUGUUGCCGCCAGCCUUUUGUUCAGAUUCAAGCAACGAGGCAUCCAGUCUGACCUUGAUGAGGCCAUCAAGCUGAAUCGGGCUGCGCUUCUACUCUGCCCACCUGGUCAUUCUGAUCAUUCCAUGGUUAUCAACAAUCUUGCCAUCAGCCUUAAGAGCAGAUUCAUGCAGCAGGGUGUCCUGUCUGACCUUCAUGAGGCCAUCGAGCUUCAUCGGACUGCACUUCUCCUCUGUCUCCCCGGUCAUCCUGACCGAUCUACAUUUCUCGACUAUCUUGCCACCAGCCUUCAUGUCAGAUUCAUACAGCAGGGUGUCCUGUCUGACCUUGAUGAGGCCGCCGAGUUUUGUCGGGCCGCACUGCUCCUCAAUCCCCCAGGUCAUCAUGGACGGCCAUCAUCCCUCAACGGCCUUGCCAACAUCCUUAGCAACAGAUUCGAGCAGCGGGGCGUCCAGUCUGACUUUGAUGAGGCCAUCGAGCUCCUUUGGGCUGUGCUUCUCCUCUGCCCCCCCGGUCAUUCUAAUCGCCCCAUGUAUCUCGGCAAUCUAGCCAGAACCCUCAAUUACCGAUUCAAGCAGCGGGGCAUGCCAGCUGACCAUGAUGAAGCCUUUAAGCUGUAUUUACAGCUCUCCCACAUAUCUCAUGCACCCUCUUUGAGCGACCUUGGAGUUGCCGACUCGUGGAUCAUCUCUGCCGAGGAAGCGAACCAUAGUUCUGCAUUGGUUGCAUAUCAGACCAGAUUAAAAUUCCAAGAUCAGCAUGUCGCUCUUUUGUCGCCUUCUCUACAGCAUUUUGAUGCCGUCAAGAAGGUCACUUCUUUGUUUGCCACAGGCGCCUUCUCGUGCGGUCUUCGUCGUGGUUCGUUGAAGACUGCUGUAGAACUGAUGGAGCAGGGCCGUGCUGUAUUCUGGACCCAGUUGGCACGCUUCCGCACACCGCUCGAUGAACUUUCCCAGUCUAAUGACACAGGCGCAGCUUUGGCGGAAAAGUUCAAGCGGCUGAGCUUGCGCCUUCGCAAUGCAUUCGAUCAGUCUACUGAAGACAAGUCCCCGCAAAUUCGGCAACUGACCAUGCAAUGGAAUGACGUUGUCUCACGCAUCCGCAUGCUCCCCGACUUUUCUCGAUUUCUCCUGCCUCCACUGUUUUCUGAGCUUCAGAAAGCGGCUGAAGAAGGUCCAGUCAUCAUCGUCAAUUGUAGUCUGUUCUACAGCUGUGACGCCUUGAUUAUCUUCAGUGCCAAAGAUCCCGUCCACGUUCCACUCGAUAUCGAGUGGAUCGAAGUCUUCGAGUUGUCCCGCGAGUUUCAGUCCCUCACAGAGCAAUUUGGUUCAUCUGAUUAUCAACAAAAGCUUGUCAAAAUUCUCCGCAAGCUUUGGGAUUGUAUCGUUGAACCCGUGGUCCAAGCCCUUAGGGUGUCAAAUGUUCACCCUGGCUCGCGUAUCUGGUGGUGUCCUACCGGUGAACUCACUCUGUUUCCUCUACAUGCAGCAGGACCCUACGAGGCGAAGAGAGACAAUUUGUCUCACAUUUACAUUUCCUCUUACACCCCCACGUUGACGACGCUCAUUCGUGCGAGACAGCAAGUUUCUCGGGAUGCAUCCCCACAACAUUUCGUUGCCAUUGGUCAAGGAAAGCCGGACAGAGGGAAGGCACUCCAAUGUGUUGCUCCCGAGCUAGCUGUCGUUGCUCAGCACGUUGCGCCUGUUGCGGCCUUCACAUCGCUUUCAGACAGCCAUGCGACAGUACAGGCAGCAUGUGAUGCAUUAAGCCAGAAUCAAUGGCUUCACCUGGCCUGCCACGGAACGCCGAAUCGAAAACAACCAUUCGAGUCUUUCUUUGCAAUGCGCGACGGGCCUUUAAUGAUCAAGGACAUCAUCCGAACUCACUGCAAGAAUCCGGAGUUUGCAUUCUUAUCUGCCUGCCACACUACUGUGGGCGAUGAAUACAGUCCGGAUGAGUUGAUCCAUCUCGCAGCGGGUAUCCAAUUCUGCGGAUUUCGCAGUGUGAUAGGUUCUAUGUGGUCGGUCGACGACGACGUUGCACGUCAGGUCGUAUCGGCUUUUUACCGCAACCUGGUCGAUGGUUCAGGGAGAUUGGAUUGCACACGCGCUGCGGUAGCGUUGCACAAGGCUGUCAAAUCGUUGCGCAAGAAGAUUCCACUAGAACAACAGAUCGUAUUUGUUCACAUAGGUGUGUAGAUUGAACGUUGAGGCUCGAUUGGUGGUAUUGUCGCAUUUUCUGUAUAACCCUGUCUAGUUGCUUUCGUUCCCUUGCUGUCCCACCGCAUAGUUUCUUUAUAUUAACUGCAUCAAGUUUUUGCUUGUCGAUAGUUUUGUUGUUGUAUAAUUCGUACGUUGCACAAUUGAAUGACUCCCCCAAUCCACUCACGCUGUCGGAAGAACUGUAAGUGCACGAUCGGAGAGCAAUGUUGGGAUCGUGAAGGCAGGAUCAUUGUCUAAGUUCGAUACCAUUUCGUUGAGGACUCAUCGAC